GCCAACUUGAUCGUUGCCCCACCAAAACCGACUUUUCUCCUCGAACCUCCAUCAUCAUCGUGAAAGAACUCGUUUCGAACUAACAUCGGCGAGUAACUUACAAGAUGGAUUCCGAAGACCCCCAGGAGCGUCCUGAGGAGAUCACCAACAUUAUCAGCGGUCUCGAACGAUACAACCCCGAGGCCGUCGGUAACCUUGAGGACUACCUGCGCCUACAAUGCGAGAAUAGAUAUACGGAUUCUAAUGCGAACCGGACGUUACUGAAGCUGUACCAGCUAAAUAACGACCGUGUUAAGGACGAAGUCAUCACCAACAUUCUCGUCAAAGCCCUAACAUGCUUCCCGUCCCCGCAGUUCGCGCUAGCGCUCCACCUCAUCCCACCGCACCUGAUGGCGCCGAACCCGCGCGCGGAACUCCCUGAGGCCAUCAGCAAGCUGCGCGAGCUUAACUCACAGUUACAAGGUGCACAGUAUGCGCGCUUCUGGGCAACUCUGGACUCUGACGACCUGUAUGCCGACUUGACGACGGAUAUCGACGGCUUCGAGGAGCUUAUCCGCAUCCGUAUCGCUACCCUGGUCUCCCACGCUUACCGCGAGAUCGAGCUGAGCGUGCUGGAGCAGUGGCUCGGUCUUGAGGACCAGGCUGCGCUGAAGUUCGUUACUGAGACUGCGGGAUGGAAGGUCGAGGGCGGUGUCGUCCAGAUCCCGAAGAACCCAGAGAACGAGGCAAAGAAGAGCGAGGUCCGCGAGGAUGUUAACGUAGAUAUGUUCUCGAGGGUCAUUCGUCGGGCUUGGGAAGAGACUGUUUGAUUGAGCUAUCGAUCAGCCAAAUCAACCAAAUCCGUUUAUCUCGCCUAGGUACAUGCCUACUGGGUCAGGGUCUUCUGCGUCUGGGGAGGCGGUCAUGGUCGAGGUCAUGAAUAGUGGAAAGGGGGCCAACGGAGUGGAUUCGCGAACCAGCAUUGGGAAAAAAGGAUGGGACAAAACCUGUCUUUGGCGUUACGGGUGACGGUUCGGGGAUUCUGAACUUGACUUGCUGGGUGUGCUGCUGCUUACUUAUUCCCCACGACGGUUAGCUACACCUAGAUGGGCCGUUAUGAGAAGUGGGAAAUGAAUAAAAAUGAUGAUAUGAAUGAA